AUGGAAAUCUCCUCCACCACACAGCCGCCGCGUAGUUGCGCAACGGCGCUGUCGACGUCCGCCUCACUGCGCGCCACGGCCGUUGUGGUGACGUUUCUCCCCGGGGCCGCGCAGGGUGCCACGGCGGUGCUGCUUGGCCACCCGCUGGACACCGCGAAGACUCGAAUGCAGACGAGUGGACCGAACGCACAGCACUCGGCGCUUGUGACAAUUGCGCGGAUGGCCCGCCACGAGGGACCGCGCAGCCUCUUUCGCGGCUGCACGCCGCCUUUGCUGAUGGAGGGCAUGAAGCGGAGCCUUCAGUUUGCUCUGUGGGACACCUUCCGCGACCAACACGCGCGAGCCGCCGCUCCCUCCUCCUCUUCCUCCUCCUCCCGCGACG